AGUCAAAACGUUAUCAGAAGUAACCCACUAAGAGUAUUCUUCAUAUUUAUCCAGGAUGAACAGAGUCUCUAUUGUCUCCACUACUGCCGCUCGAGUUAUCAUCGCUGGCUUUGUUGCAGCGGUCUGCUUCCAUGAAACUGUGGUUCCUCACACCCGCCGCGUCCUGCAGAAGGCAAAGGAGGGUUCCCCAGGUCUCGCCAUAUUCACAAUAUGCAUUUCUACCUUAGCACUUCUCCGCGCAUCCGAUGAAGUGGCUUGCAAAGUUCUGGGGCUUGCAGAAACCUGUCCGCCGACUAGCGAAGAGCAUUCCUUGGUGACCGCUGUUGAAGAUCCUCGCUCUCCUGAUUUCUCGCACGACGACUCUAACGAUUUCAAAACCCCUUUGUCGUCGCCAUCCGUCUCACCUCCAUCUCCUAAGAACAGCUCGGACAGUAUCGUGACCCUCGCUACCGCCUCAACUGUCUCCAAGCUUGGCAAUGUUUUCAGAGAUAUGACGCCCAGUCCACCGGCGGGCAACACCGAUGAUAACGACGCCGACUUGGCGAUACGCCAGUGGGCAUUACAGACAGUGCCAGAGUUCGGUACCCCCAUAGCUUACGCUCACGCUCCUGAAAGUGUUCUAAACUCAGUCAUCAAGCGAAUGAAAUCCCUCUCACUCCUAGACCGCCGCUCUUUCCCCUCAACUCCGACCCGAGCUUGAGACCGCAAGUUACCCGUCAAAGCCUAUAUGCAUCCCACGUUACUAUUACUCGACUCUUUGACUUCCACAGACUAUAACCCGUGACACCGGCCUGCAUUUGCCCUUUCAAAACCCUACGCACCCAGGUUACUUCGCGCCUCUUUCCAUCGUGUCACCUUCCAUGUUCUAAUAAUCGAGGGCGCAAGCGUACCGAAAUAGCACGGAAGCCGGGUUCUCUUCUGGAGACAGAGGAAGUAUUGUAUUUCCUUCAAACGCCUUAUCUUUACAACUCGACAAUGUAUUAAAAUACACACGACACUUUGCGCCUUGUACUAUUACACGUUAUCGAUCAUGUAUCAUCAAUCGUGAAUCUCCACGACCGCUUCUGUAAUACUGGGGAAUUACGAACAAUCAGAUCACCAAGGCAAACAUCAGAUGCAGCGGGUUCAGCCGUCUGGUAUUAGUAACGGCA